GAUUGCAGGGUUUACUGGGUCUCAAGCUGAAAGUGCUCAGCCUGCUGAGGGUUAUAUCCAGUCCUGAAGAGCUAACGCCAGCAGGAGGGGCAGAGCCUGGAUUUCGAAGGACUCUUGGGUUGCUCACACACUGUGUAGUCAGUGAGAAACAUGACCACACUAGCCAACUUUACACAGACACUGGAGGAUGUCUUCAAAAGGAUUUUUAUUACUUACAUGGACACCUGGAGGAAGAACACAACAGCCGAGGAACAGGCACUCCAGGCCAAGGUUAAUGCCGAGAACUUCUACUACGUCAUCCUGUACCUCAUGGUGAUGAUCGGCAUGUUCUCCUUCAUCGUGGUGGCCAUCCUGGUGAGCACGGUGAAGUCGAAGCGGCAGGAGCAUUCCCAGGACCCCUACCACCAGUACAUAGUGGAGGAUUGGCAGGAGAAGUAUAAAAGUCAGAUCCUGCAUCUGGAGGACUCCAAGGCCACCAUCCAUGAGAACAUGGGGGCAACAGGGUUCACGGUGUCGCCCUGAUAAAUAGCAAGGAGACAUCUGGCUAUGGAGGGGUGCUUCUGCCACCUAGCGCGUCCGACUUGUCCUUGCUCCCAAGAAAGUUAGGUCCUCUCUGUGCUGAAAACCUUCAGAGUGAUGGCCUGCCUGGCCAACUGACCCGGGUGACAUUUCUAUCUCUGUGGUUUACAUGAGCCCACUGGGGAGACACUGUGUAUUGAAGAUCUCGUCUUUACUUGCCAUGCUAUGUAUAUGUCAUGUAAGUUAGUUUCAAUCAUGAGAAUGGAGCCAAACACGAAGCAGGGGCCUGGGCGGGGCAGUGGGGCAGAAAGCAGAGAUUUACAAAUCCUCCACCUUCAUCCUCAUAGGAAAUAUUAGUCUGAGUGUAGCAAAUUCAAUUUAGGAAUAAGUCAUAUGUGUUAUUCAGAAGCUAAGGCUUAAAUCUAUCACGGGCUUGCUGAACUGACAGGCGAGCAUUUGCUUAACUGAUUCAUGGGCACAGAGUCCGCGGUGAUGAACGGACAGAAGCAUGGGGUUAUUCUGCACUCACCACUCUCCUGGUAUUUAACUGAUCUGGGCGUCUGGAC